ACUCGAACGGUACACGAAUAGACCAAUCACAAUCACAAUCGGUACGGGGAAUAGGAAUUUUCGAGGAUGCCAAAUGACGAUUGGACGGUUCGUUUAAUGACAAGUGUGUUUGUUGUUUUCCUUGUUUACGCGCUUUUAUGCUGCUCCUGAAAGGUUCCCGAUUAUAUCGCUCCGAUUGGCGAUUCGAGCGGACGCGCCUCGUUGCAGUGCUCGCUCGGCGGAACAUCUUGGCGGCGGAAGCGGAAAGCUACUUUCAUCGAGCCGUGACACCGUCUGCCUCUUCCACCACUACUUUCCACCGCGAGUCUUUUAGAAUCGCCGCAAAUUGGUACAAGUGACAUUUCCUUUUCUUUUCGUCGAGCUUCCCAGCUAAUCAGCUGUUACGGCUUUCAAGCGGCCACUUCUCUAGUUCUCUCCAAGAAAUUGUCAAACCGGAUAAAACGUAAUGCUAUAAACUUGUAGUGCGACUGUGCCGCGAGACUAGUCGAGCCGAAUCCUCGAAAGAAGAUGAGUUUUUCGGAGAAAGGGCAGGAGAGCAUAUCCAAGGAGGAAUGGAUGUCGAAGCUGGAAGAGAGCUCCUACAUACAAAAAAUGUCAAUGAACAACUUGAUCAUGAACUAUCUAGUCACAGAAGGAUUUAAGGAGGCCGCCGAGAAGUUCCAGCAAGAGUCAGGAGUCGGUCCGACCGUAGAAUUGAGCUCCCUCGACGACAGGAUCCGUAUUCGAGACGCCAUACAGAACGGUCGUAUCCAGGAAGCCACAGACUUGGUCAAUCAGCUGCAUCCCGAACUCUUGGACAACGACAGAUAUCUCUACUUUCAUCUGCAACAGUUGCAUCUCAUUGAGCUGAUACGCACGGGUAGAGUCGAGGAGGCGCUCCAGUUUGCUCAGGAUCAACUCAGCGAAGCUGGCGAGUCGGACGACAAUAUACUGUGCGAGUUGGAACGUACAUUGGCACUGUUGGCCUUUGACGAGCCGCACAAGAGUCCGUUUAGCGACCUUCUACAUCCAACGCACAGGCAGAAAAUCGCGAGCGAAUUGAACGCCGCUAUAUUGAAAAUGGAGCACAGGGAGUCUACCAGCCCUCGACUUAACAAUCUGUUAAAGAUGAUAUUGUGGGCUCAAGACGAGUUGGACAAGAAGAAAGUGAAAUAUCCCAAAAUGACCGACCUCGGUAGCGCCACGAUUGAAGAUACAAAAUAAUUUUAUACUAGACAGAGACUGGGAACGUUUCUCAGUUUUAUUUAUGAAUCAGAUAGAUGAAUUGACCUUUAAGUGUAAUUUUGUAUAAAUUGCUGUUCAUUUUGUAGCAAAUUAUAUCCGAAUUUUAAUCGUAUAUAAGAAGUUAGAGAGAGAGAGAGAGAGAGAGAAAGAGUGUGUGUAUGUGUGUAGAAUUAUUAAUGUAUUGAUUAUAUUACAAAUUAUAAUAAGAAAUGUAACGAUUAAACUGACGCAUUAUUGUUAUCACUGUUGUAAGGAAUAAGAAUUAUUGCAAUA